GGAUGAAUGGACUGGGAAAGGGCAACAAAGAGGUACGCGGGUGGCAGUGAUUGACGGCUGAGCCUCCACGUGGAUUGGAUUUGCGAAGGGCGCAACCCAGGCUCAACCAAGUGGCUUGUGCGUUUUGAGCGACUCUCUCACUUCCUUGACCAGAGUGGCAGCCGGCGACGGCGACAGCGAUAGCGAUGGCAAUGGCAAUGGAGACGGCAGCAGCAGGACACGGGACAAACGGGUCCGAGGCGCUGCAUGCACUUGCGCUGACGCGAGCCCUCGACGCGACUUUGCGGAGCCUCAUCGCCCAAGUGGGCGAAGCACUUGCGGCCCAACGCCGAGCCCUGGUGCUGCACAACGCCAAGCGCGGCGCCGAAGCAGGGCCAUCUGUCGCGAGACCAGCGCUGCUCUACACCAAGCAGCUCAAGGAGCAGGCUGAGCGCUACAACGGUCUCGUCAGAGAGCUCAAGUACUGGAUCACGAUUGCUCGGGAUGCGCUUGAAGCGGAGCUGGAAAGAGCAAAGCUGCGCGAGGCCGAAGAGGCGAUGAGACUGGAAGAAGAAGCGAAAGUCAGACGGGCACAAGAGCAAAAAGAACAGGAAGAAAAGGAGGCGCAAGCCUUGAAGGAGCAGACGAGCACAUCAGAUUCGAAGCAGGAGCCGAUGCAGGUCGACACAGACGAGAAAGAAAAGCUCGCAGAGUCGGGUGCCGGGGCAGGAGAAGGGGGCGAGGGCAAGAAGGAGGAGCAAGCCACGACGGAAGCAAAGGCCCCAGAGACCAUCCGGCUGGAUGGAGACGAUGACGAGGAUGACGAUGUUCCGCUCGCUGGCUUGACCACGGCCACUGCCUCGGAUGCUCCCGCACAGAAGAAGCAGGAGACAUCCGGCCAAGAUUCAAUCGACUUGACCGACGACAGUCCGCCGGUGAAGCAAAAUCAACUCUCUUCCAGCGCUGCCGCGCCUCCUGCUGCAGCUGCGUCUUCAUCGACACUCGCGAGCGACCCCGCAGCCUUGCUCGCAUCGCUCACUGGCAUCCCUCCUUCUUCGUCGAAGCCAACGACGGCAGCGGCCUCGUCUUCUUCCACGCCGACUGCUGCUGCUGCUGCUGCCGCCGCCGCAGCGCCAAUGCCGUCGAUGGCCGACAACAACUUCCCGUGGGACUCGCUCGAUUUCAGCAGUCUCGGCCUCGACCUCUCUGGCGCCUCGUCGGGGCUGGGCGCCGAGAAUAGCAAUAUCAGCAGCAACAGCAACAACAACAACAACAAUAGCAGCACCUCGUCGAGCAACCCAACGCAGAAUGCACUCAUGGGCGCCUUUGACGGCAGCUUCGGCGACGCGUCGCACAACCAUGCCGGCGCCGACGGCAACGGCAACGGGACGGGCGCAUUUUCGGAUCUCAGCAUGCUCGACUUCUCGAGCUUUCCGGGUCUAGAUGGCAGCAGUGGCAACAAUGACGGUAGCGGUGGCGCCGGCGACGGAGCCGGCGGCAUGGGCGGAGACAUGAUGGGCCAGAUUGACUUUUCAAAGAUCCUAGAGACGCUCCAGCAGCAGAGCCAGAACCAAGAUUAGCGGCGCGGCCGUGCUGCUUCAGCUCCAACGCCAUGAUGUAUUUCUAUCUUAUUCAACCGUCGCCCACCAAAAAGUAUUGAGUGAAGGAGAGACAUUGUCAUUGAGAGCCAUGGUCAUGAGGGUGGAAAGGGGCAAGAGAAGGGGGAGAGAGAGAUGGGAUAGCUGGUGUGACUGUGAGAUGA